AUGCAUUUUCUUUAUCAUAUGAGAGAUGAAAGUGUUAAAAAGUACCAAUGUUUUCGGAUUACAACCGUGGAAUUUCAUAUUUCUCUGAAUUUCGUCAACGAACCUCACUCUCCUCUGUUGCUGCAUGUCAUCAUGGCCUCAAGUUCAGAUUUUGCUUUAACUGUACCUUCUGAACUGGAAUCAGCUUUCAAGUUGAAGACGGUUAAUUACUUUGUUACAAGGAGGCCAUGGCUUGAUCUUUAUGGAGUUAAUGUGAGACCUGUUGCGCCGUUUGGAAGUACAAGUAGAAAGCCUUAUGUGGAUUCUGCACUUAUACAUCGUGCUUUACCAGAUGAGCUGCUCUUUGAGGUCUUUGCUCGAAUGACUCCAUAUGAUUUGGGAAAAGCAUCUUGCGUGUGUCGUAAGUGGCGGUAUACAGUCCGUAACCCUGCAUUUUGGCGCAACGCAUGCUUGAAGGGUUGGCAGCUCUCUGGAGCGGUUGAAAACUAUAAGAUACUUCAAUCAAAAUAUGACGGGUCAUGGCGGAAAAUGUGGCAUUUACGACCAAGGUUGCGAACUGAUGGUCUUUAUGCAAGUAGAAACACCUACAUCCGGGCUGGAGUUGCAGAAUGGAAAAUCACUAAUCCAGUUCACAUCGUCUGUUAUUUCCGGUACCUGAGAUUUUUUCCUUCUGGGAGAUUUCUUUACAAGAAUUCUUCUCUAAAGAUCAAGGAUGUGGUGAAGUGCAUGAACUUUCGAUCAUCUAAAGCAGACAGUGUCUUUGGUGGACACUACACCUUGACAGAUGAUAAGGUUGAAGCUGCUGUCUUGUAUCCAGGCAUGCGACCUACUGUUUUGAGGAUGCGCUUGAGGUUAAGAGGAACAACAACAGGGGCCAACAAUAGGAUGGAUUUGAUCUCACUUGUCACCAGUGGUGUGAACACUAACGAGGCAAGUGCAUAUGAGGAGGACAUUCUUGGAGUCGUUGAAGGAUGGCAGGAUGAUGAAACACACAACCCAGAUGUGCCAGCAGUCUCACAUAAGAGGGGCAUGACCCCUUUUGUCUUUGUUCCAUUUGAAGAGGUGGAGACAUCUGUUUUGAAUUUGCCCGUGGAGAAAAUGGAUUAUUAUGUUCCUGGUUGA